AGCUGUACCCUAAAGAUUGCGCGGGUAUUAGGAAACAAUCAAGAUCUGUGAGUGUUUUCCAUAAAAUUAAAGUAUGGGAAUACACGGAUUAUCGAAAUUGAUUGCUGAUCAUGCUCCUGGUGCAGUGAAGGAAAAUGAAAUCAAGAACUUUUUUGGCAGAAAAGUGGCCAUUGAUGCCUCUAUGUCAAUUUAUCAAUUUUUAAUUGCUGUAAGACAAGAAGGCAAUGUUCUCACAAAUGCAGAUGGUGAAACUACAAGCCACCUUAUGGGAAUGUUUUAUCGAACUAUUCGUAUGGUUGAAAAUGGUAUAAAACCUGUUUACGUUUUCGAUGGAAAACCGCCAGAUAUGAAAUCAGGCGAACUAUCAAAGAGGAGCGAAAGACGGGAGGAAGCUAAAAAGGCAUUAGAUAAAGCAGUUGAAACAGGAGAUCAAGAGAAUGUUGAAAAGUUUGGAAAAAGAUUAGUUAAAGUAACGUCACAGCAUAAUGAUGAAUGCAAAAAAUUAUUAACUUUGAUGGGAAUCCCUUAUGUCAAUGCUCCUUGCGAAGCUGAAGCUCAAUGUGCAGCCUUAGUAAAAUCUGGAAAGGUAUACGCUACGGGAACAGAAGAUAUGGAUGCACUUACUUUCGGAUCAAAUGUUGUAUUACGUCAUUUGACAUUUAGCGAAGCAAGAAAAGUACCUAUAAAAGAAUACAAUUUGGAUGUUCUACUUGAUGGAUUGGGGCUUUCCCAAGACGAAUUUAUCGAUCUUUGCAUUUUACUUGGAUGCGAUUAUUGCGAUUCAAUAAGAGGAGUUGGACCCAAAAGAGCUAUAGAACUGAUAAAGCAGCACAGGAAUAUUGAAACUAUUUUAAAACACCUUGACUCAAAGAAAUAUACAAUACCGGAAGAUUGGAUGUUUAAAGAGGCUCGAAAACUAUUUCAAACUCCGGAAGUUACACAUGGCGAUGAUUUAGAGGUAAGCAAAAAAAACGAAAAACUGGGAAUAAUAUUUCAAAUAAGAGUUUUAAAAGAAUCUUGUGCUAACGCCAUCUAAAGUAUGAUUUUAUCUCUAUCCUCUUACUUUUUGCACUCAGCUAGCCGAUAGCGUUAUUCGUUAAGAGUUGAUUCAAUCAAGGUUAUUUAAUAAAGUAAACUAAAAUUCACAAUAAUUCGCAUUUAUCGACAUAGAUAAAUCUUCUCUUAUAGAAGACUAAGUUUAUAAUAAUUUUAUAGGCUACGAAAAUAUGAAUAUAAAGAUUUUCGUAUUAAAGGAAGACAACUCUUGUUCUUAUUUUUGGGUACGACUUAUAAAUUGUAGCUUGAAGGCUUUGAUGUUGAUAUUUUAAUACUUUUAUAAAGCACUCUUAUAAUUACAGUUGAAAUGGACCGACCCUGAUGAAGAUAGUCUUGUAAAAUUUAUGGUUGAAGAAAAGGCUUUUAACGAGGAGAGAAUACGAAAUGGAGCUAAGAAACUAUCGAAAGCACGACACGGUUCUACCCAGGGUAGACUAGAUAGUUUUUUUAAAGUGACAUCCGUUUCGUCAACGAAAAGAAAAGAUCCGGAGCAAAAAGGAAACGAUAAGAAGAAAAUGAAGGGUAGAGGAGGCUUCAAAAGAGCUAAAUAGAGCUUUAGCUGUUUUACCAGUAUAUCCUGUGUAGUUAUUAAGAAAAAGUUUUAUGUUCUUAUCCUUAUGAUUAUCAAUAUUAUUACGUUUAAAAUAUAUUGACAAAGUCUAAAUAUAAAUAUGUAAAGUUAUAUUUUUAAAGGGUUAUGUUUUUUAGUGUUUUUUUCCUACCUUAUUUAUCUAUUUAUACAAG